UCUGUUAAUCUAAUUUAUCAUUUCUUUUAAUUGUCUAUCAAAAUUACAAAUUAUAUAUACUUUUGUUAAGUGAAGUGGAUGUAUAGAAGAGACUAUCCAUCUUUUCAUUUACUACAAGCAAUGUUAAGCGUCUUCUUUUGAGGCCUCCACUGUCAAUACCCAAAAACCUAACAGAGCUUAGCUCCAACUUCUCUUCACCGAACCAUGGAAUCAAAAUCCCAAACCAACAAGACCAAAAAGACUCCCAAACAUCCCUCUGAGCCUGUGUGUACUAAACCCUCUUGCUUCUUCUGCACCAUGAAUGAACCAAACCCUUCUUUCAGAAAAUCCAAAAUCAUUAAGCUCUUCAAGGACUUGCCUCUCAAAAAUGACCAAGAGCAAGUCCUUGCACUAAGCUCUCUCUGGAACAUAGCCAUGAAGCAACCUAACGACCCUGAAUUCCCAUCGCUUGGAAUCUUCGAAUGCAUGGCAAAGCUCAUCAACAAAGGUAUCAACGACAAAAAGUGGCUGCUUAGCGACCAGAACAUAUACAUCCCUUACUAUGCUGCUCAUAUCGUUGGCUCUUACACCAUGAACAAGGCUCAGUUUGCAGAAAAGGCUUUGAAAUCCGGGGUAGUUCUGCCGCUAAUGGAGUUGAUGAGAGGUAAGAUCACUUGGGUUGAGCAAAGAGUGGCAGUUCGAGCUCUUGGUCACAUGGCUGGUCAUGACGGGAUCGUUGAGUCCAUUAUUGCUUUGAAGCAUGAAGUCAAGAUUGUCGAGUUGGCUAUGAAGAUAGCCUCUACAUGUUUGAAGAGGGUGUACGAUGAGUUUAUCGGAUUCGAGCACUCGAAGAGAUUGAAGUACCAUUGUGAUUUGAUAACAAGAGGGCUUGGGGGGCUGGAAAUUGAGAGCAGAAAAGCUGAGGAAUGGGGUAGUCAGCUUCAGUGCUGGUCCCUAAAUCUUCUCAACUGCUUUGUGAGCAAGGAAAGGUGUUUAGGUUUGAUUUGCAAGAAGGAAUUCUUGGUUGAAGUUUGUGGGAUUUGGGGUGGUUUAGCAAAUCCAAACUCACCUGGUGGAAUUGGGUUGUUGAAAGCACUUUGUCAAACCAAGUUUGGAAGACAAAGUGUGGCAAAUUCACAAGAAGUUAUAGAGAGAUUAUGUAAUCUCUCAAGGUCUUCAGAUGAAUGGAAAUUAAUGGCAGUUGAUUGUCUUUUGCUGCUUCUCAAAGACCCCGAAACCCGAAUCAAAGUGGUGGAGAUUUCAGUUGUGUAUCUUGUCGAUUUGGUUGAAAUGAGAAAACCAAAACUAGGAGACAGAAUCACACAGAUGCUUUUGCAAGAUUACCAUAAAAUCAAGUAUGGGGACUUGAGAUUGGGGAGCAAGAAAGCUGAGAGAGCAUUGGAGGAGAUAUGGGAUUUGAAGGUUGAGAGAAAAAAGAAGGAGAAGUUAAUGUCAAAACAAGAAAUCAGAGAGAGAAAAUCAAUGGUAGGAAAGUUGAAAAAGCAAGGGAAUAUGAGUUUUUGGGCAGGGAAUAUUGAAAAGGCUGUGAUUGAAUACUCAGAAGCGUUGGAUUUGUGCCCUUUAAAAAUGAGGAGGGAAAGGAUUGUGGUUUAUAGUAAUAGGGCACAGUGUUACUUGUUGAUGAAGAAUCCAGAAGCAGCCAUUAGUGACUCAACCAGAGCUCUGUGUUUGUCAACCGGUGCGGCGAGGGUUCAUGGUAAGAGCCUGUGGAGGAGGUCACAGGCUUAUGAGAUGAAAGGGUUGGCAAGGGAGAGCUUGAUGGAUUGCUUGGAGUUUGUCAAUGGAAAAUUUUUGAUGUCUGAACAAGGGAAAGGUGGGAGGAUCCCGUACUACGCUGCACGAAUGAUUAGCAAGCAGAUGAGGCUCACGUGGAUGUAUAACAAACCUGAAGAGGACUGCCCUUUUACAGGUAAGCCUACCAGGCUACCAUUGUAGUCUUGUAGAAGAAAUGUUCACUGAAAGAAGGAGAAAGGUAAAGAAGGGGAGAAGAAAAGAAAAGGGUGUCAAUGUCAAUGACAAGACAAGGUAGGAGAUUUUUUACGAGCGUGGUUUAGAUAUAAUUUUUCUCUUAUCAAUUAAUAACAUAACAGUGAAUUUCACGUGCAUAUUAUUAAAGAGAAGUUAUGUAUUACCACAUAUCAUAUGUAAAUUAAUAGACAUUGCAUCUGCCUGUUAAAUAAGAACUCAAUCACCUUUCGUGUUAAUUUUUGUGAGAAUAACAAUAAAGCUUUGCUUGAGUUUAGA